AUGGGGGACAGGGGGAAGGAGUCCCGCCGCGCAAUUCGCGAGGCACAUUUUCUCGUGGAGGACCUCCUCGCGACGUGCGCCCAGCGCUGGCCCCACACCCCGCCCGAGAAAAGCUGCCGAUUCGUCCUCGAAGAGACGAUGGCCAGCGAACUCACCGAAGAGGCGCUGAAGACCGCUGGUGUGGUCCUGAAGGGCGGAGGAAAUCGACGAAAAGGGCCAAAGCUCUUUCGCGCCUCCGUGGAACUACCACUGCUCAACAAAAAAAGCACUGCAAAAUUCACGACGGAGAAGUGGUGGCUGGCCCACGCCGAGGCGAAAAACGCCGUGGCUGAGGUCGCCCUCCUCGCCCUCCGCUCGAUGAAGAACAAUACCGAUACGUAG